CAUGCUGGAGCCCCGGUGCGAGUGGCGGCGUUCGCAACGGCGGCAGCAGCAGCAGCUGGUGGGGAAAGUCGCGCGCUGGUCCUGCGGCACGAGGAGGAGGGAGCUGCGCUUCGCCUUCAUGCCUCCAGCCUGGCUGCCCUGAGCUGACCCCUUUCCUCGCUGGAGAGCCAUGGGAGAUGGAGGGCUGUCCCUAGGCUACAGCCCUCUCAACAGAUCGUCCAACUCCACGGCCGGUCCCAGCUGCACCAACGCCUCUACCGCGUCCUUCCCUCACGACAGCCCUCAGGAGGCCCUGUCCCAGCAGUGGGUGGUGGGCAUGAGUCUGCUGAUGUCCUUGAUGGUGCUGCUGAUCGUGGUGGGCAAUGCACUGGUCAUCGCAGCCAUCGGGCGCACACAGCGGCUGCAGACCCUCACCAACGUCUUCAUUACCUCUCUUGCUUGCGCUGACUUGGUGAUGGGCUCGGUGGUUGUGCCCUUCGGAGCCACGUUGGUAGUGCGGGACAGGUGGCUGUGGGGUUCGUUCUUGUGUGACUGCUGGACUUCGGUGGACGUUCUGUGUGUCACAGCCAGCAUUGAGACCCUGUGCGUCAUUGCGAUCGAUCGCUACCUGGCCAUCACUUCACCCUUCCGCUACCAAAGCCUCAUAACAAAGAGAAGGGCCAAGGGCAUUGUCUGCAUCGUCUGGGCCAUAUCUGCACUGGUAUCCUUCCUGCCCAUUAUGAUGCAGUGGUGGAGAGACACAGACGUGGAGGCUAAGGAAUGCUAUGAUGACCCCGGCUGUUGUGACUUUGUCACCAACAGGGCUUAUGCCAUCGCCUCUUCAGUCAUCUCCUUCUACAUCCCCCUGUUUGUCAUGAUUUUUGUCUACAUCAGGGUCUACAGAGAAGCCAAGGCACAGCUGAAGAAAAUUGACAAGAGUGAGGGCCGGUUCUACAACAACCAUCACCAGCUGCCGGCUCACCAGCACCUGCCCAUGUUGGGCAAUGGCCAAGUCAACAAAAGGAAAAGUUCCCGUGUCCUGGCUGUGAAAGAACACAAGGCCCUGAAGACUUUGGGCAUCAUCAUGGGCGUCUUUACUCUCUGUUGGUUGCCCUUUUUCUUGGUCAAUGUGGUCAAGGUCUUCAACCGAGAUUUGGUACCGGACCAGCUUUUUGUCUUCUUCAACUGGUUGGGCUAUGCCAAUUCUGCCUUCAACCCCAUAAUCUACUGCAGGAGCCCUGAUUUCCGCAAGGCUUUCAAGAGGAUGCUGUGCUGUCCUAGGAAAGCUGACCGCAGGCUGCAUGCCAGUACUGGGGAGUUCUCUCAUUGCCCUGGGGGCUUCAUCAGUACACUUGGAAGUACUGCUCAGUGCACACUAGGAGGGACGUGGUCUGAAUACAAUGGUGGUGGGCAGGAUGCAAGUGACUCCAGCUUAGAGGAAAGGAACAGUAAAACCUCCUAUUCGGAAUCCAAGGUAUAAGGACAGCUGAUGGAGAGGAUUAAAAUAAUGGGAAGGCCAUGCUGCAGAUAAAGAGAGAAAGUCAAAGAAAUAAGAAAACUCCAAACAGACUGUCUUGUCUCAAAGGAGAGACACUCUCAUCUGCUCAAGAUAAAAAACAGGCGAACUUGUAUACAGUGUACCUCUUCUGACGCAUCAGAAAUGAAAGCAAAGAGAGCAACUAACCAUUGAACAAAAAGAGAUGAUCAGUCCAUGUCUCCAGAAUAUUUGGAUUAUUAUUAUUUACACAGGGGAGUAAGGUGUUGGUGUGCAGGGGGAAAUAUGUUUGAAGGAGUUUGCAAAAGACCUGAACUUGUGGCUGGCGCUUGGGAAAAGGUGAGGUUUUCCUCUCCGGAUACCAAAGGAAACAGAAUCAAGCCCUUCCUGGUUUGAUAGAGCUGGGAAUCACCUUUCACAAUUCUUAAGCAUCCUAAGAGUUUCAGUAGCAGAAACAGUAGUCUGGGUCUUUUUUAAUAUGUAAGAUGUGCUGGUCACCCAUAUCUAUCCACUAAACUCAGUGGAGGUUUCAGGCAUUCACCAUCUCUGGAAGUGAUGCUUAAAACUCUCAUUUAAUAAGCUAUUGGAAAGGAUGUACAGAUGAGUUUUACCAGGCAGCCCUGAUCCUUAUACUUGCUUUGCCAGAAGUGAGAGAGUUCAUUGGAACUUGUCCCCAAGUAAGUAUGCUCACUUCGCCUUAAUAACCUUAUGGCCUCACUACCCUUAGCAUCUAGUUGGGAAUGAUGAACUAUUAAUAAUUUAAAUGGACAUGCUAAUGUUUUGAAUUAAUCUCCCUCUUUGCAUCGCAGUGACUUUUUCCCUUGCUUCUGGGAAAGCAUUUUUCUUGUCCUUUGAGACAACAGCAGUUAGGCUAAGGAACAUCUACCUCAAGCUGUGCAUAUCGUACAGGGGAAAAUAUGUUUAUAUUAAACAGUUUAAUUAUGUAUUGUUAGUUCAGGAUUUUUUUUAUAGAGGCAGAAGUAUCUUUCUUCUGGAGGCAGGCUGUUCACGUUGAACGAUGAACAGAGGAAAUAGACUAAGCACCUGAAAUGUUACUGCACAUUUGAAAAGAUAGAGUUUGUUUUGCUUUGCACAGUGUUAGCAGUUGUAAAGGUUGUUGCACAUGCACACACGAACCCACACACACACAAUUCUUAGGAAAACAAAGAUGUUUAAAAAACAUCAUGUUCCAACUGAUUUCUGUUGCUGUUGAAUAUAUUUACACUUAAUUUUUAAAAGCUUUUGAUAUUAUUUAACUGAAUUAUUGAAAGUAUAUUCAUGUUGUGAAUCCUAAACAUUUUUAUCAGUUAUGUUUUUAUAUCCAGGAGCCCAUAUGAAUCUGUUGUGACUUUAGCACUUCAUUGUCAUUCCUCAUUUUUCCCUGUGUGUGUGUGCGCGCGCGUGUGUGUGUGCAUUUUAUAACAUAUUUAUAUACUCCAGUGCAAUUUACUACUGUAUAAGUCAUUGGUCUAUGUGCAAUAAAUACCACUGCAGCACAAGCAA